UUCUUUUGCCAUUCAAAUAAUCCAUUCCGAUUUGUGUAGCUAUGGUCGGUAGCGGCAGUCUUAGUCUGAAUAACACAAUAAAAUUAAUUCUCCGACUUCAAAUACAUUGAGUAAAUAGAAACAAAGUGAAGGUUGAUUACCUUUUUAUUUGAAUACCAUUAAAAUGUCUAGCGAAACGACUAACAAGAAUUUUUCCAAUUUGGAAACCCCUGGUUAUGUAGGGUUUGCCAACCUUCCUAACCAGGUGCACCGAAAGUCCGUGAAGAAGGGCUUUGAGUUCACUCUGAUGGUAGUUGGUGAGAGUGGACUAGGCAAGUCCACUCUAGUCAACUCUCUGUUUCUGACCGAUCUAUACCCUGAACGUGUUAUCCCUGAUGCUAUCGAGAAAACGAAUCAGACAGUGAAGCUGGAUGCUUCGACAGUGGAGAUUGAGGAACGUGGAGUGAAACUACGCCUCACUGUCGUUGAUACUCCGGGUUACGGUGACGCCAUUGAUAAUACAGAUUGUUUCCGGUCAAUAAUUCAAUACAUCGACGAGCAAUUCGAGCGGUUCCUGCGAGACGAGAGCGGUUUGAAUCGACGCAACAUUGUUGAUAACCGCAUUCAUUGCUGCUUCUACUUCAUAUCGCCGUUUGGACAUGGGUUGAAACCCCUCGACAUCGAGUUUAUGAAGCAAUUACACAACAAAGUGAACAUUGUGCCCGUUAUCGCCAAAGCCGACUGCCUCACCAAGAAGGAGGUCCAGAGGUUGAAGACCAGGGUAAUGGAGGAAAUUGAACGCGAGGGCAUCAAGAUCUACCCUCUGCCUGAUUGCGACAGCGAUGAAGACGAGGACUAUAAGGAACAGGUCCGUCAACUGAAAGCAGCGGUGCCGUUCGCGGUGUGUGGGGCGGGGCAACAGCUGGAGGUGCGCGGGCGCCGCGUGCGAGGCCGCCUCUAUCCUUGGGGGGUCGUCGAGGUCGAGAACCCCGAACACUGCGACUUCAUCAAGCUUAGGACUAUGCUUAUCACCCACAUGCAAGACUUGCAGGAGGUGACUCAGGAAGUUCACUACGAGAACUACAGGUCGGAACGUCUCGCCCGCAGCGGACAGGUGCCCAAGCGACACACAUCGACUGAAAGCGGUUUGAGUGAGGCUGAUUCAAAUGGUCUUACAAAUGGAUCCGAAGACCCUAGCGACCGUGAACGGGCGUUACGUGAAAAGGAGGCGGAGCUGCGCCGCAUGCAGGAGAUGUUGGAGCAGAUGCAGCGGCAGAUGAACCUGCAGGCUGCCAGCGGCGCCAGCACCACUACCACCGCAUAGUGCUUGCGUGCCGCACAGUUGGACAUUAGUACGGCUGUCCAGCUGCCAGCGACGUGUGACCUCGUCAACUCGAUACUUCGCGCCAUCCCCUACUGCGUCACUUCCAACUAGGUGUAACUGUCGUACAGCCUGUAACGUUCACACAAAUAUAUCGCUCGGAACUUAUGUUACGAGUUAAAAUUGUUAAAAAUUAAAAAUCGCCUAAAUAUACUAGUUUAGACUUAGUCGCUUUUCCCAUCACUAUACAGUGUCAUCUCGAAUAUUAAAGUCAUGUCAUAUUGAUAUUCGCUUAGCCUUUGUGAUCAAUAAAUCCGUCAUUAAUUAUUAAAAUAGUUUGUUAGCAAUACUCAUAAAAACCUUGUGUGACCGACGCCAUAUAUUUUUGUGAACAUUACAGAGUUAAGUAUUAUUUACUCGAAAUAUUAUUUUCCUUUCAUAUAUUAUAGGACGAUUAUAGAUAUAUCCAUAUCUAUAGACAAUAGAAUGUUUUAUCUCUCUAUACUAGUUGUAAGGUAAAUGCAAUAUUUAUACAGUGCAGGUAUAUAACGUUUUUGUUUAAGAAAGUGCACUACACUAAUCGAUUUGAAGUAGGCUACGAUUAAUCGACUAACGUAUAUUUGAGUAGUCGAUUGUACGCUGAAGAUGCACACGGAGCACUGCAGAAUCUCACAUUGCUGUCUGUGUUAGGGUGCACUUUAUCUAAUAAUUCUAAGACAAUAUGCUAUCGUUGAUAUAGAAUGAGGUGUUGCAAGCUUAAAGCACAAUAUGACAAAUCAUUGUUGCAAAAACUCUUGUAUUUUUCCUUUCCAUCUGUAGUGUGAUAUUUGUGAAUUGAAUUCAUCUACAUCAAUUAGUAGUUGUAUCUUGUCUCUAUAAAAUAAGAUGACUCACCCUAUCGAUAUAGUUGAAUUAUUGUUAAUGGUAACAAUAGGUUGUAAACAGCGGCCUCAUAAUGUUGAUCUGAUAUGCAUUUAUUAUUAUUGUUCUGUGCCAUUUCGUUCUAUAGCAUGAUAUCUAAUUUUAAUACGAAUUUCUGUCAAUUAAGUCACUACCUAUAUAUGGUCGAAUAUUUUAUUAUUACGAUUAUGUUGCAAUACCAGGAAAAAUUUUAGGUUUAUAUAUUUUUUCCUUAUUAAGAAGUGAAGACUUCGUCGAUUUUUUUUCUCAUGACAAAAGUAUUAUUUUACUUUUUUGACUGACAUUAUAUUUUAUUUGAGUAUUCCAUUUUUGUAUUUCCAAGUUACUCUUUAAUGUUAGGAGAUUAUAACACUGUCCUACUAGGUAUGCAUGAAAAUAUAUUAUUAUUUUUAAGGAAUUAUUGGAAUGAUUGUAUCGAAUUGAAGGCUGAAUUGCUAUUUGGGAUGUCUAAUUGAAUUGAAUUAUAAAAUCCUAACUUUAGUAGGUACUUAAAAUUCUUAGUAUCUUGUGUAAUUAGAAUUUAUUCCAGCGUUGGUGCAUUUAUUUUGUACUCUAAUGAUAUCUCUUUAUUGUAAACUAAUUGAUGAAUCGAAUAUAAAAUGUAAUAAAUUCUAGAAGUUAAAUUGGUGCCAAAGUUUCCAAAUGUUAAUAUCAAAGUCAUCUAACUUGAAAAGUAAUAGUUUCUGGAUUAUUUUAUUGUGAGUUAUUAACUAGGUACCCAUGUAUUUACUUUUAUGUAAAAGAAACUUCUAUGUAAUCAUAUUUUUAUAGUAAAUGUAAACGAAUCAUAA